UCUCCAGAGCUCAUCUCCAAACCACCGAAUCCCAUCUUUCACCGGUAGAUCGCCUCUCCAGCACCGCAGAUGUCAGCCUGAAGCCUCAUUUUAGCCCCCUUUUUAUUUUUUCACCCCGGUCCUCUCACGGAGCCGCGCUGAUGUCGGACGGAUUCUUCCAUCAGGAUUCUGGUGCGUAAAACCCGAACUUUCACGCGGACGAACCGGACUUUGAGAGAGUCUUAUCCCUGUUGGAUUUAACGGAGAAGAAGGAAGAAUUAGAGCUGGGAGGAAGCGGGAUCAGAUGCGCCGUUAAAGGAGCGGAAAGAGCAGCGGAGCGCGGCCGGGUCAGGGCGACUCAGCGGCGGUACAUGUCUCCGAGGUUUCUACUUCCUGUGACAUCAUCACAUCAUGCCUGAGGGGUCGCGGCGCGGCAGCCAGAGAUCGCCAAGUAACGCAGCUGCCAAGCGUCCGUCCUCCGUCUCGUCUCUCAGUGGGAUCGUGGGAAGGAUGAUGUCGUCCGGUGACCGAGGAGCAUCGUCUUCCUCCUGCACCUCCGUCAACACCGUCUGUUCUGAUGGAGAACGUCCGGCCUCCUUGUCUCUGUCCUCUUCGGCCUCCUCGGUGUCUCUGCAGGACGCCUCCCACUCCUCGUCCUCCUCGUCUUCGUCCUCCUCCUCUUCGCUGCCGUACGGCGCCGUGCCGACCUACAACGCCUCGUCCUCCUCCUCCACACCCAAACGCAACGGAUCCGACAUCAGCCUGGACCUCACGCCACUCGUCACGGCGGCAGGAGGAGGAGGAGGGGUUGCCAAGGCGACAGGAGGAGGCCACGCCCCCAAUGGGCAUGGGACCAAUCAGGCUACGGCAGUGGCGGCGACACCAAGGCAGCUUUCUCGGCUGGAACGAGUCGCUCUGGAGAUCCUAGAGACGGAACAAGCCUACGUCCGAGACCUGAAGAGCAUCGUGGAGGACUACCUGGGCUGCAUCAUCGACUGCGGCGCCCUGCCUCUGAAGCCGGAGCAGGUCAGCACUUUGUUCUGCAACAUCGAGGACAUCUACGAGUUCAACAGCGACCUGCUGGAGGAUCUGGAGAGGAGUCCUCACGCCGCCGCCAUCGCCGAGUGUUUCGUAGAACGGAGUGAAGCGUUUGACAUCUACACACUCUACUGCAUGAACUACCCAAAUUCGGUCGCAGUCCUGAGAGAAUGUAUGAAGAACGAGAGUCUGGUUCGGUUCUUCCAGGAGAGACAGACGACCCUGAACCACUCCUUACCUCUGGAGACCUACCUGCUGAAACCGGUGCAGAGGAUCCUCAAGUACCACCUGUUACUGCAGGAACUUUCCAAGCACUUUGAUAAGAGCGAUCCUGGAUACGAGGUGGUGGAGGACGCCAUCAUCACCAUGACAGCGGUCGCCUGGUACAUCAACGACAUGAAGAGGAAACAGGAGCACGCCGUCAGGCUGCAGGAGAUCGAGGCCCUGCUGGUGAACUGGACCGGUCCAGACCUGAGCGGCUUCGGGGAGCUGGUUCUGGAGGGUUCCUUCAAGGUCCACCGGGUGAAGAAGGAACGAGCGUUCUUCCUGUUCGACAAGAUGCUGCUGAUCGCCAAGAAGAGGCUGGAGCAGUUUGUCUACAGCACGCACAUCUUCUGCUGCAACCUGCUGCUGGUGGAGACUCUGAAGGAUCCGUUGUGUUUCCGAGUUUCUGACCAGACGAUUCCCAAACAGCAGCACGUCGUUCAGACCAAGAACCAGGAGGAGAAGCGACUCUGGGUUCAUUACCUCAAGAGACUCAUCGUGGAAAACCAUCCGGCUUCACUGCCGCAGAAGGCGAGGCAGGUUCUGGGAGACAACUUCUGUCAGAGUCCUCAGUUUGAUCAGGAGAACCUGAAGAAGUCGACCGGCUCCCCGAGACUCGACGACAUCCACGGGUUCCACCGAGGGAGACGUCAGUCAGAACCUCCAGAGCUGCUGAUGUUCACGCCUGAGAAGUCCAGGAAGAGUUUACCGCUGCUGCUGGACGGAAACCUGCCGUACCGACGCACCAGGAGGCAGUCGGCUCCGGCCAAAGACAUCGAAGCAGCGUUCCAUCCCAGCGGUGAGAGUCAGAUUGAAGAGGAGGAAGAGGAGUUGACGCCCCUCAGCCCUCCUCCCACUCUGUCUAUCACCGAGGAGAUCCUGGAGUUCAUCAACCAGAGCAGAGCCAGAGAAGGUUUCACCGCCAUCCACAGCGACGCCACGACGUUUGACCGACCCGACUUCAAUCCUUCAGUUGAUUCUCGUGUUCGUCACACUUUGAGCAGCUUUUAA